GGCUAUAAAAAUGAUGAGAGAAAUGUUGAAGACAAACCUUACCUAAAGGAUAAAGAUGGAAGCUCCUGCGUAUCUUCUCUGGGUCUUUCUAGGCUUUCAAGCAUUAACUUUAGCCAAUGGAUGGACAUGGACAGACUCAACAACAAUGGAUCCCUUUGCAUAUUCCUGCUAUAAAAGUUGUGGCUAUGGCUUUGGAAGCUGUUCCUGUGAAACCUCUUGUCAAUACAUUGGAAACUGUUGCCAUGACUUUAACAGUUAUUGCUCAUCCACAACUGAGGAGCCAGAAACAACAGCAGCUUCUUUCUCCUGCAUGCACAACUGUGGCUACUAUCUUGGAAGCUGUUCAUGCAGAUACGACUGUCAUUACUAUGGGAACUGUUGCUAUGACUAUAACAGUUACUGCUCAUCAACAACUGAAGAGAUAGCAACAGCUUCAUCCUCCUGCAGGUACAACUGUGGAUACUAUCUUGGAAGCUGUUCAUGCAGAUACGACUGUCAUUACUAUGGAAACUGUUGCUCUGACUAUAACAAUUACUGCUCAUCAGCAACAACUGAAGAGACAGCAACAGCUUCAACCUCCUGCAGGUACAACUGUGGCUACCAUCUUGGAAGCUGUUCAUGCAGAGACAACUGUCGUUACUAUGGAAACUGUUGCUAUGACUAUAACAAUUACUGCUCAUCAGCAACAACUGAAGAGACAGCAACAGCUUCUACCUCCUGCAGGUACAACUGUGGCUACCAUCUUGGAAGCUGUUCAUGCAGAGACAACUGUCGUUACUAUGGAAACUGUUGCUAUGACUAUGACAAUUACUGCUCAUCAGCAACAACUGAAGAGACAGCAACAGCUUCACCCUCCUGCAGGUACAACUGUGGCUACCAUCUUGGAAGCUGUUCAUGCAGAUACGACUGUCGUUACAAUGGAAACUGUUGCUAUGACUAUAACAAUUACUGCUCAUCAGCAACAACUGAAGAGACAGCAACAGCUUCACCCUCCUGCAGGUACAACUGUGGCUACCAUCUUGGAAGCUGUUCAUGCAGAGACAACUGUCGUUACUAUGGAAACUGUUGCUAUGACUAUGACAAUUACUGCUCAUCAGCAACAACUGAAGAAACAGCAACAGCUUCACCCUCCUGCAGGUACAACUGUGGCUACCAUCUUGGAAGCUGUUCAUGCAGAGACAACUGUCGUUACUAUGGAAACUGUUGCUAUGACUAUAACAGGUAUUGUCCACUGUACACGACAUCAUGGCCAGCCAUGACAACAGAUUAUUAUGCUGAGUGUGGAGGACACCUGUAUGGUUCUGGGCUGUUUUCAAGUCCCAGUUACCCAAACUAUUAUUAUAACAAUGCUUACUGUGUGUGGUAUCUGUCUGCCCAGGCAGGACAGAGGAUCUUCUUGUCAUUUGCUGAUAUACAAUUGGAGAACUGCUGUAACUGCGACUAUAUCUCUGUACAUGAUGGUUCUUCCACUGGUUAUCCAGUGCUGGGAAGGAUCUGCUUCAAUGACACCACACACCAGACGUUUCACUCAUCUUCUCAAUACUUGACUGUUGUCUUCAGGAGUGACUCCUCUGUUGUGAGCCGUGGCUUUAAAGCCCAGUUCACAAGCUCACUGACCGCAGAUCAAGGUCGUGUGGACUGUUCCUCGGACAACAUGGUCAUUGUCAUUCAAAGGUCAUACUUGAAUUCACUUGGGCUCAAUGGAAAUGACCUUUAUGUGGAUGACAAUCGGUGUAGACCCACCAUUAACAGUACUGGGGUUGUGUUCCGCUUCUCUCUGGAUACAUGUGGGACCAGCAAAGAGAUGAUGAAUGGUUAUGUGACUUACACCAACAACGUGCGGGCGUCUCAGUCUCAAUGGGGUGAGAUCACCCGUCAGUCACAGUUUCUGUUACAUGUGGGCUGCAGAAUGGAGCCGGACACUGUGGUGCAGAUACUCUACAAGGCCAAAGAGGACAUCAAUGCUACCAUCACAGGAGCGGGUCGCUUUAAUGCCAGCAUUGCCUUUUACAACUCUAGCAGUUUCAACCAACAAAUUUAUGACUCUCCGUAUGAGGUGAACCUUAACCAGUACAUGUAUGUUCAGGUUGUGUUAGAUAGACGUGAUGAAACCCUAGAUUUGUUCCUGGACACCUGUGUUGCAUCUCCAGAUCCAAAUGACUUCAAAACCCGCUCCUAUGACCUGCUGCGUAAUGGAUGUGCCAGAGACAGCACAUAUUAUUCCUACAUCAACGGUCAGCAGUAUUACGCACGGUUCCGUUUCCAGGCUUUUAAGUUCCUUCGGACUCAUGCCAAUGUGUACUUGCAGUGUAAGGUGAUCAUCUGCCCUGGCAAUGAUAGCAACUCUCGCUGUAGCCGAGGCUGCCAAAGACGGCGCCGGAGGUCGCUUGAAUCCAACUAUCACACCAACACUCUGAUACUUGGGCCAAUCAAACUCAAAGGAGUGAAGCCUGAUCUUCAAGAGCUCAAUCUUCAAGAGACUGAGACAGGAGAGUGAUUUCAAAAUCAUCACCAUUAUAAUCAGUUAAAAAAGAUUAAAGCAUUCCUGAAAAUCUCA